AUGAACAAGUUACUCGGGUUCUUUCUGUUUUUCGACAUUCUCCAGUUGGCCAGUGCGAUAUUGCUCAUUAUCGCAGGCCAUCUGUUCAUGCAACAUAUGGAUACCAUGAAAUUAGAUGUUGAGAACUCACCAUACGUUAUCUUGCUCUACUAUCUUCCUUGCACUCCAAUCUUCGCCAAUGGUAUUAUCAGCGCUGUGGCAUUCAUGUUCUCGUUACCCGCAAUAUUACUACCACAGUCUCUCUUUUGGUUGAGAUUACAUGGUUGGAUGUUGGUCGUUUGUGCCGUUUAUUCCUUGGUCUUGGGUAUCCUCGUCUGGGUCGACACUCUCACCGAGAGAGCGCAGAUGUACCAGGCCUGGAUCGAUGUUGGACCGACCGUCCAAACAUUGUUGCAGCAAAAGUUCGAAUGCUGCGGUUAUGUCUCUGCCAUGGAACCCCUCUUCGUUACCGACAAGGUCUGCCCUAACGCUUUGGCUGCCUCGCAGACAAAGCCAUGCGUCGGUCCAUUCACUGCUUUCGAGGACGAAUUCUUCAACACUGUUUUCACUGCUCUUUUCGGAAUCGUCGGCCUCGACUUUGUGAUGUUGUGCUGCACUGCUAUGGUUAUCAACCAAAGGAAGGAACAGAGGCGAUAUAGAAGGAUCGACGAGAAGCGAGGAUUGGGUGCCAUUUAA